UAGAGCAGGGUUUCUCAAACAGGGGUACGCGUACCCCUAGGGGUACGCCAUUCGAGGGCAAGGGGUACGCGACAACAUUUACGUAAUGGCGGCUCUAUAACUGGAAGGCGCGCAUGACCGACAUGCAUAGCGGCGCGCACGCGACUGACUGAAUUCGUAGCUCGCUCGCUCUCGCGCGACUCGCGCGCCACGCCGCCCUCCCCCGCCGUUUACGAGUACUUACACUGUACUCCGUUUUUGAUUCAUUUGUUUUACUUUAAUGUGUGAGCAUAUGCGCUUUUUUCGUUGACAGUAAAAUAAAAACAAAGUACUUUCAAUACAUUCACGCGGUUAGCUAGUUUUCAAAAUGAAUGAGUGGUUAAAAACUGGGUCAUUACGCAGAAAAUGUCCAAGUAAUACAUCCAGUUCGCAACCUGCACAAAGUACAUUUACUCCAACUGCGUCUACUUCUGCUGAAAGUUCAGUUUUAAACGAAAAUCCUGCGACAUCGAGAGAACAAGAAAACACAACAUCAUCGACAAAAAAAAGGAAAUAUGACGAAGAUUAUCUGAAAAUUGGAUUUACGUGCAAAGAAGAAUCUCAGUACCCAGAGCCACAGUGUGUAAUAUGUUCAGAAGUUCUCGCAAAUAGCGUGAUGAAGCCAUCAUUGCUGCGAAGACAUUUGGAAACAAAACAUCCGCAGUAUGUAGACAAACCUAUAGAUUUUUUUGUUCGAAAAAAGAAAGAGUUGGAUUCUUCGAAAAAGACUAUGAAAACCGUUUUGGCUACUAACUCUGAAUAUUUACGUGCGUCUUUCCUUGUGGCAUAUAAAAUUGCAAAGACUGGCAAGCCAUACAAUAUUGCUGAAGAGUUGAUUUUACCAGCAGCUAAAGAUAUGGUCAGUUGUGUAUUGGGAGAUAAAUUUUCGAAAUUGUUGGAUAAAAUACCACUUUCAAAUGAUACAGUUGCACGUCGCAUUCAUGAAAUGGCACAUGAUGUUGAACAUCAACUCGCGCAACGAUUACAAAAUAAUUAUUACGCGAUUCAAGUUGAUGAAUCAACAGAUAUUAGUGGAUUACCGAAUUUACUUGGGUUUAUUAGAUAUGUGUAUAAAAAUAAAUGUGAAGAAGAUUUUUUAUUUUGUAAGACCUUGGAGUCUACUACGAAAGGAGAAGAUAUUUUUAACACUAUUCAUGAUUUUAUUGAAAAACAUGGCAUUGAUUGGACAAAGUGCGUUGGCAUAUCCACUGACGGUGCAAAGGCCAUGACAGGAAGGAUAUCUGGACUAAUAUCCAGGAUUAAAAAUCUCGCUCCUGAAGUCAAAAGUGUGCAUUGUGCGUUGCACAGAGAAGCAUUGGCGAGCAAGAAAAUACCUGAUGAUUUAAAAACAGCGCUUUCAGAGGUCGUCAAAAUAAUCAAUUACAUAAAAGCGCGACCGCUAAAUUCAAGACUUUUCGCAUUAUUAUGCCGAGACAUGGGUAGUGAACAUGUUUCACUAUUACUGAGCGAUCCGUUCGCGCGCAUCUCGGAAACAGAUCAGGACGGCAACCACGUGCAGGAGAAGCCUUCGGACUUGCCUUGA